AGCUGCAAACAAACAGGCUCAGUCUAGAUGUGCACUCACUCAGGGCCCCGGGGCAGCAGAGCCUGCAGGGGACAAAAUCAGAUUCCUUUCUCUUCAUUACUGCUAAUACAACACCUGGUUGCUCUGUGGCCUCGUCUCCAGGUUCACGUCACGUCAAUGGCUAACAUGAAUGGGACACAGUUUCCUGUCAAUGGAGUGAACCAGCCCCUGACCAGCCCCAACAUCUCCAGCAGCUCUUGGCAAGCAGAGGCCAUCAGGGGAAUCCAGAUCACAGCGACACUGCUCAUCUUUCUGGUGGGCAUCUCUCUGAAUGGGCUGGUGGUCUGGGCACUUGGAAUGCAGCGUCACAGCCACUUGAAGCGCAGAGGCAGUGGUGAGCAGACGCGUGCCGCCAGCAGCUUCCGUAUUUAUGUACUGAACCUGGCCGUAGCUGACCUGGUGCUUCUCCUGCGGACCCCACUCAUGUUGGGCUACAUAGCUCACAACUACAGCUGGCCGUUUGGUCGUGUCUUCUGCCACCUCAUCAUAUUCCUGCGAGGCCUGGGGCUGUACGCCUCCGCCUUCCUUCUCUGUGCUGUGGCACUGGAGCGAUGCCUGUGUCUGCUAAGACCUGUGUGGGCUCGACUGCAACGGCCUUCCUGGGCUGUUCCUCUGGCCUGUGGACUCCUAUGGCUGGUAGCCACCAUUAUGUCUGCCCCCUACUUGCACAGCGCUGUCCUGUUGGAAAUAAACGGAAAAUACCAGUGCAUAGAGAGCGGAGACUUUAACAUGGGGCUGUUUCUCACAGAGACAAUAGGAGGUUUCAUCCUGCCCCUGCUCGUGUUCCUGGGAAGUAACAUGGCCGUAUUACUCACCAUUCAGCAGCAAGCACUGCCUUCAACACCCACCUCCUCCAGCCCUUCAACUGCACGCAGGAUGACCAGGAUGUACCAUGUGCUCUUUUUCACCAUGCUCCUCUUCCUCACCUGCUGGGUGCCCUAUUUUGUUUGUCGGUUCCUGCUAGCCUUGACCGUGAAUCAGCCUCAUUGGACCAAAAUGCAUCGAGGAGCGUUACUUGGCACUUACAUAUCACUGUACCUGGUGUACAUCAAGAGUGCUCUUAAUCCUGUGCUCUAUGUGUUUGCUGCCAGAGGCUUAAGCCGGGCUGUCAAAGCUUCACUUGUCUCCACGAUUGAGCGACUUUUCAAUGACGACUCCACAGAGUCCAUACGACGGAAGUCACUGAAGAACUCACGGAUGUAACCGAGGGGUCAACAGUGUGAGUUUUAGGUAGUUUUGUUAGUUAAAAACAUAAAUGCUUUUCAUAUUUGUAAAGUGGAAAAUGGAGAUGUUACUUUUAAUUGGUUGAUUCCUCCAUUAGUGCAGAUAGCUCAUAACCAAUCCAAAAAGGGAGCUGAGUAAAGAUGAGAAAGAGGUUUGAGGAAUUGAGUGAAAUUUUCAGGCCAGUCUUUUCCAGAUCAGUGUGAAGGGCCCAGCAGAUGGGAAAAUUGGUGGAUCUCGUGACCUAUAUGUAGAGGAGACAUUAUCCUGCUGCACAGAUUUGACUGUAAUCUGAAGUGAUUCUGGCUGAAUCAUAGUUUGACUGCUCCCACUUGUGUCAUUCCACCAUGUAAGAAACACUUCUGACAGGAGAUUAGCAUUAAAAAGUUUGUUUUAAAGGCGUGGAUUGAUGUUGGCAGAAAUCAUAAUUUCAACAUUUUAGGUAAACACAGCUCAGCUCUCGUGAUUUGCCUGACAGACGAUGCCUGAAUAAGAAAACAGUGAACAGUGAAGUGCAGAAGGACAAAUACACAUCUCAUCAGUGAAAAACACUGGAUUCCUCUACCGUGGAACAAGAAGAUACAUGGUCAGUAAAACCAGAUGACUGAGGACUCUAAAAAUGCCUCUUCUGUUGCGACAUGCUGAAGGCAGGGUCAUAGCUGGAAUCCAAACGAAUUCAUGAACCAUCUUGUAUGUUGGUUUGUGGGCAGGAAACACCUUCUUAGAUAUGAGGCCCCAGGCCACAUGUUUAGAGAGAAUAUUAGAGAUUCCGGUCCCCAUAGUAAUGGGUGCUUACAAUACAACAUUACAUCAUAGCUCACACGUACCGUCUCAGUAUGAUUCAUGUAACAGAAACUCAGAUUUACUUAUGCCUGUAUGAGAUUUCUAUGUUAAAAUAGGUCCUGAUCAUAGUGUAUAUAAAGAUGAACCACAGGUUUCCAGGUCCUGCUGAUACAUGCACACGACAACUCAUGAGUCAGUCUCAGCUGUCAGUCAUGACAUUUCACCUGUUUUAAUGGUAUGAAAACUACCAUAGUUUGGUACAUGUCCCAUCCACUGACAUGGAGGAGGGUGCCCUAUAACUCAGCCAGCCACCAAGGGGCAAUGAAGGCGAUUUGGCAUCACUUUUGUGGAACUGUUAUGACGUCAAUUUUUGUUCGUUUUUUUACAGUCUAUGGUCCGUAUCGACCUACCCGUUGCUACCUGUUCCUACUGAAUGACCCACUGAAUGUAUGACUGUGAGGACAAAGCAAAACAAGCUUAAGAGGAAGUUGCACGAUUUUCUGUGACAUUGUGAAUGUACCGCAUCCAAGACUGGACUUUAUUUGUGCAAAAAAUGGCUUCAAUAUAAAUGAAUGGUAGCACUUUACAUUUAUUUUCUGUCUACAUUAAUAAAAAAAUGUUGAUUUUA